UGAAUAUCAUUUAAAUAGUAUUUCAUAGGUAAUACAUUGUACAAAUAACCAAGAGAAUGAUUUCAGCUCCACUGUUCCUGCUGUCUGGGGUAAAGAUUAGUCUCAGACAUUUAUUUAUUUAUUUAUCAGACGACUAAAUCGUGGUCAAAAUCGUACAGUGUGAACCGGCUUAAGUAUUUAUGCUCAGCUGUUGCUUAUAAAUCCAAACAUUUCUGCAUAUUGCAGCUAAAUAUCAGUUAAAACAAUAUGAUUUAUGAUUUAUUCUGCUAGCAUGGAUCUGUCCCUCUUCUGACAUACGCUCAGGGUCUUAUUGUGCUAAAAUGUUUUUCCUUCAGCCUGCUAGGAUGUUCAUGUUAGCAUUGUUGGUGGAUCGUGUAAAGAAAAUAAACUGAUAAAAUGAUGAAUGUGCUCGGAUCUGUACGCACCGUCUAAGAAGAACACCGGUGAUGUGAGCAGAUUAUUGGACUGACAAAAUACAGAACAGGAUGUAGGACCGUGUGGCUAAAACCAGAUGUGAAACAGCAGCACUUGUCCUCAGAGCGCUGGAGGGAGUGUGUGAGAAAUGGCCAAACUCCUGUCUACAUUUCUUCUACAGAUGCUGUUUGGUUUCUUUACACCGUGUUUCCUUGAGAUCGCUUCAACUGAUCAUUUAUCUGUCCGUCCUGGAGAGAACGUCACCCUGCUCUGUAACAUCACUAAUUAUUCUGAGAUAUCGUGGUAUCGACUGAGAUCUGAGGAGGUGAAGCUGCUGAUAUCUGCUGAGAAAUCUAAGCUGAAGAAAACCUUUUCCCUCAGUUAUAAUGUGAACAAGAGUCACUUUGAUAUAACAGAAAGCAGCAGUUCAGUCACUUUAGUGAUUAUUGGAGUUAGAGAGACAGAUCUGGGAUUUUAUUUCUGUGGAGGUCGAAACAGAACGACACACAUUCAGUUUGGGAAAUUCAUCAGACUGGACUUUACAGCUGAUCAGCAUCAUGAGACUGAUCAGUAUGACGAGAUUGACUACUCAUACACAUUCCCUAACCCUCAGCACUCUGGUCUUACACACUGUGGAAUUAUUAUUAUAAUCCUAUCAUGUGUGUGUGCGGUCUUUGUUUCAAUAAGCAUCAUCUGCUCCUCUCUGUACUGUUCCACGCUACAAGAUAAGUGUUCUUCCACUGGGGACUCAAACGAGAAGGAAGUGGACCUGCACCUGUCUGAUUUGACCUCUGUGACCUACACAAGUGUCUCCUGACGGCCCAGAAAACAUCAGCAGCAUGAGGAUCAGAAUCAGCAGAGAACCUGCUACGAUCCCAUCGACCUCGCAUACAUCAAGUACUCACUAAUAAUCCGUGUGGUCUGAAGAUUAAUGACUUCCUGUUCUGCCCCCAAAAGCAUGUUAUCUGGGUGAUUCCCCAACUGUGCCGUCAUUCAGCUCUCGUAACUCUUAAACUUCAAUUUUUAAAUAAUUGUUCAACAAUGAAUCGAGGAAAACGUUCCUUUAACUAUUCAAAAAUGUCUUAACUUCAAACAACAACAACAAAAUAUUUACAAGGAGUCUCUGGUACAUUUUGCUCUUAAAAGAGUUCCAAGGUUAAAAGUAGUGAUGUUAAAGCUUCAUGAAGAGUUGAAGCAUUAAAGCCAGAUGUGUUGAAGAUGUUUGUUUCUUUGGGCUAUAAGUGCACACUAGAGCUCUAGUGGUUAAAAGACUUUAGUCCUGUGUAACAUGUAACACUGCACUGUGUGUACAGGCCAAUACGAAGUAAAUGACUGAUAUAAUCAAUAUCAAAUAAAUGAAUUCCUGAAGGUGAAUUACUGUGUUUAUUUUACUCCAGACAAAAGCCCAAAGCUUUAUAUAAACACAUGUGAAACGUGGA